GGCUCCGCUGGGCUGGGGCUGGCGGAGUGUCAGAGGCGGUGGCGAGAGGCGGCGGCAGCCGCAGCUCCGAGGCAGCCGCGGCACCGGCACCGGCACCGGCUCCGGCUCCGGCUCCCGGCGCAGCCCGCCGGGCCCAGGUGCCGAGGGCUCUGCUGGGGCAGCACGACGCCCCUCCUGCCAACGCCACGCCACCACCUGCCACCCGAUGCCUGGGGACUGCCUGCCCUUGCCUUGACGGGUGACAAGGGGUGACACGGGGUGGCACAGGACCCCUGGCCGGCGCCGGUGCACCCCAUGGCGGUCCCCUUGGCCGCCUGGCUGUGGCUGAUGCGCCUGGCCACCUGCCUGGCUGCCGGGCACGGCAUGGCUGGAAAGAAGGAGAUCAGCACGGACGGGGACCUGGUGAUCGGGGGCCUCUUCCCUGUCCAUGAGAAAGGAGUGGGGACCGAAGACUGUGGCAAGAUCAAUGAGCACCGGGGCAUCCAGCGCCUGGAGGCCAUGCUCUUCGCCCUGGACGAGAUCAACAAGGACGGGAGCAUCCUGCCAGGGGUGAAGCUGGGCGCCCACAUCCUCGACACCUGCUCCAAGGACACCUACGCCCUCGAGCAGUCCCUCGACUUUGUCCGCGCCUCCCUCACCAGGGUAGACGGCUCCGAGCACAUCUGCCCUGAUGGCUCCUACGCUAUCCAUGAUGAUGUGCCCACUGCCAUCACCGGUGUCAUCGGGGGCUCCUACAGCGAUGUUUCCAUCCAGGUAGCCAACCUUCUGCGGCUCUUCCAGAUCCCACAGAUCAGUUACGCCUCUACCAGUGCCAAACUCAGCGAUAAGUCCCGUUACGACUACUUCGCCCGCACCGUCCCGCCAGACUUCUACCAAGCCAAAGCCAUGGCGGAGAUCCUCCGCUUUUUCAACUGGACCUACGUCUCCACCGUGGCCUCAGAAGGCGACUAUGGGGAGACGGGGAUCGAGGCCUUUGAGCAAGAAGCCCGCAUGCGCAACAUCUGCAUCGCCACCUCAGAGAAGGUGGGACGCUCCAUGAACAAGAAGACCUACGAUGGGGUGGUCCGGGCUCUGCUGCAGAAGCCCAAUGCCAGAGUGGUUGUGCUGUUCACCCGAAGUGAAGAUGCCCGGGAGCUGCUGGCAGCUGCCCAGAGAGUCAAUGUGUCCUUCACAUGGGUGGCCAGCGAUGGGUGGGGAGCCCUGGAGAGCGUGGUGGCUGGGAGCGAAGCGGUGGCAGAGGGAGCCAUCACCAUUGAGCUGGCAGCCUACCCCAUUAAAGAGUUUGCUGCCUACUUCCGUAAUCUCAACCCCUACAAUAACAGCCGAAAUCCCUGGUUUCGGGAGUUUUGGGAGCAGAAGUUCAAGUGCAGCUUCCACACGCAGGACUGUAGCCAGUACUCCCUAAAGACAGGCAAGUUUGAGCCAGAGUCCAAGAUCACAUUUGUGAUCAACGCAGUUUAUGCCAUGGCUCACUCUCUCCACAACAUGCACCAGGCACUAUGCCCCAAUGUCACCAAGCUCUGCGACGCCAUGAAGCCCGUCAAUGGCAAGAGGUUCUACAAGGACUUUAUGCUCAAUGUUAAUUUUGAUGCCCCGUUCAGGCCAGCAGACACCAAGAGUGUUGUUCGAUUUGACCGCUACGGUGAUGGGAUUGGGCGCUACAACAUCUUCAACUAUCACCGCAUGUAUGGGCGGUAUCGGUAUCAGAAGGUGGGCUACUGGGCUGAGGGGCUCACCCUCAACACCAGCCUCAUCCCGUGGGCUGAGACCUCCAUCCCUGUGUCCCAGUGCAGCGACCCCUGCAAGAAGAAUGAGAUAAAGAGCAUGCAGCCCGGCGACAUAUGCUGCUGGAUCUGCAUCCCCUGCCAGCCCUACGAGUACUUGCUGGAUGAGUUCACCUGCAUGGACUGUGGUCUCGGUUACUGGCCCAACGAGACCCUGAAUGGCUGCUAUGAGUUGCCCCAAGAGUACAUCCGCUGGAAAGAUGUCUGGGCCAUUGGCCCCGUCACUAUCUCUUGCCUGGGUUUUAUCUCCACCCUCUUUGUUUUUGGAGUCUUCAUGAAGAACAAUGACACCCCCAUUGUGAAGGCCUCUGGCCGGGAGCUCUGCUACAUCCUCUUGACUGGGGUCCUCAUGUGCUACAGCAUGACCUUUAUCUUCAUCGCGAAGCCCUCCACCGAGGUGUGCACACUCCGUCGUCUGGGGCUGGGCACAUCCUUUGCUGUCUGCUAUUCAGCACUCUUGACCAAGACGAAUCGCAUCGCCAGGAUCUUCAGUGGGGUGAAGGAGGGGGUCCAGCGCCCCCGGUUCAUAAGCCCCACAUCGCAGGUGGUCAUCUGCAUGGCCCUCAUCUCUUGCCAGCUGAUCAUUGUCAUUAUCUGGCUGCUGGUGGAGACCCCUGGCACAGGCAAGGAGACUGAGCCUGACAAGAGGUACAUUGUCACCCUCAAGUGCAACAACCGCGACUCCAACAUGCUCAUUUCGCUCACCUACAACGUCCUCUUGAUUGUCCUCUGCACGGUCUAUGCCUUCAAGACACGGAAAUGCCCCGAAAACUUCAAUGAGGCCAAGUUCAUCGGGUUCACCAUGUACACGACCUGCAUCAUCUGGCUGGCCUUCCUGCCCAUCUUCUACGUGACUUCCAGCGACUACAGAGUCCAGACCACCACCAUGUGCAUCUCAGUGAGCCUCAGUGGCACCGUGGUCCUUGGCUGCCUCUUCACCCCCAAGCUCCACAUCAUACUCUUCCAGCCACAGAAGAACGUGGCCAGCCACCGCGUGGGCACCACUCGGUUCAGCGUGGCGGCCGCCAGCUCCAGCCAGUCCCAUGGCUCGGCCUCACAGUACGUGCCCACGGUGUGCAACGGCCGCGAGGUGGUGGACUCCACGACAUCGUCCUUGUGAAGGGCCAGGGGAGGCCAGGCCAUGGUGGUGCUGCUGCUCCUGUGGCACCCGGAUCCGUCCCCAGGGAGAGCAGCGCCCAUGGCACAGCCCGCUCGGGCGCCGGAGGCAGCCGGGAGGCUCAGCCCCUGCUCCGGCACCAGCUACACAUCCCACACGCUGGGUCACGGUACGUGUCACCCAUCCCCUGCACCGAGCCACCUUACACAUCCCUUGUCCCCAGCACUGAGCCGUGGUGUACCACCCUCUGUCCCUGCACUGAGACAUGGUCAACGUCCCCCCCAGGUCCCUUGCACUGAGCCGUGGUGAACAUCCCCAGCCCUUCAACUGAGCUGCGGUGCACAAACCCCCCAUCACCUGCACUGAGCCAUAGUGCACGUCUCCUGUGUCACCUGCAGUGGUGCACAUUCCCCCAUCCCCUGCCCUGAGCCCUUCUACAUGACCCCUGUCCCUUGCACCAGGCCAUGGUCCAAGUUCCCCCGUCCCUUGCACUGCAGAGGUGCACGUCAUUCCCUGUCACCUGCACUGAGCCAUGGUGCAUCUCCCCCCCAUCUCUUGCACUGAGCCGUGGUGCACGUCCCUCUGUCCUUUGCACCGAGCCGUUGUGCGUGUCCCGUCGCCUGCACUGAGCCAUUGUGCACAUUCCUCCAUCCCCUGCACUGAGCCCUGCUACACGUCCCCAUGCACCUUGCACCAGGCCAUACUCCAGGUCCCCCUGUCCCUUGCACCGUGCCAAGGUGCACGUCAUCCCCCGACACCUGCACUGAGCCAUGGUGAAUGUCCCCCCCAUCCCUUGCACUGAGCCAUAGUGCACAGCCCCUGGCCCCCGAACUGAGCUGUGCUGCACAUUCCCCAGCCCCUGCACCGGCCGUGGUGCAAGUCCCCCCAUCCCUCGCACCAAGCCGUGGUGCCCAAGCCGGCAUCCUCUUGCCCAGCUGCACUGAGUCACGCUUCGCUUGCACCAAGCCACGCCGCACUUCCCUCCACGCCGAGCCUUGUGCCGGCACAUGCUGCCCUUGCCCCACCGCCCACCCCCCUUUCCUGGUGCAGGGCCUUUCACGUCCCGCCCUGUGCCAAGCUGUGCCCCGUGUCCCCCCUCCCUGGGCCAGCGGAGCACCCCCCUCCAGGCCCUUUGCACAGUUUCACCUUUUCCUCCUUGUUUUCGGCCCCAGGAAAGCUGCUGAGCACUGCCACUGCUGGGCUGGGCCCAAGCCCCCUCAAUCCCUCCCCUUGCUGUGCAUAGUGCUUCUCACCCCCUCGUGAGACGGGGCAGCAGCGGGGGCAAAUAAAUACCCACUGCCCCCCAGCCUCUGCAAAGCCCAGGGGGGUCUGGCGGGCGAGUAACAGGACCCAGGUAUU